ACAUUUGUAUAAGUGAAAAAAACCCAUCAGAAUUUCUCAUCAUCAUCCCGGUCGGAGAAUAUGGCCACCGUUACACAAGCCUCCGCCGCCGUUUUCCGGCCAUGCGCCUCCAAAACCAGAUUCCUUACCGGAUCGUCCGGUAAGCUGAACAGGGAAGUCUCUUUCAGGGCGUCUACAUCUUCAUCCAACGUUUCAUUCAAGAUUGAAGCCAAGAAAGGUGAAUGGCUCCCCGGCUUGCCAUCGCCGGCGUAUCUCGACGGCAGUCUUCCCGGAGACAAUGGGUUUGACCCGUUGGGACUGGCGGAGGACCCGGAGAACUUGAGGUGGUACGUGCAGGCGGAGCUGGUGAACGGACGGUGGGCGAUGUUGGGCGUGGCGGGGAUGCUGUUGCCGGAGGUAUUCACUCAGAUCGGAAUCAUCAACGUUCCGAAGUGGUACGACGCCGGGAAGGCUGAGUACUUUGCUUCCUCGUCCACGCUGUUCGUCAUCGAGUUCAUCCUGUUCCACUACGUGGAGAUCAGACGGUGGCAAGACAUCAAGAACCCUGGCUGCGUCAACCAGGACCCCAUCUUCAAGAACUACAGCCUGCCGCCCAACGAGUGCGGCUACCCCGGCGGCAUCUUCAACCCACUCAACUUUGCUCCCACCCAAGAAGCCAAAGAGAAAGAGCUCGCAAAUGGGAGAUUGGCGAUGUUGGCGUUUCUUGGAUUCAUAGUGCAGCACAACGUGACUGGCAAGGGUCCAUUCGACAACCUGCUGCAGCAUCUGUCAGACCCAUGGCACAACACCAUUGUGCAAACAUUGGGUCAGUGAGGGGCUUAGGUUGAUGGAAACCACAGGGAAGAUGUUGUUUAUGUUGUAACCAUGAAUAGGGCACUGGUUCUUCAGAUCAAGAAUUUGAGCUUUUGUGUUGUAAAAGGGACCUUAAUGUUUAAUGUACAGGAGUACUACAUACAACAUUUUUAUCCACA